AUGGCGUCCGUAAUAUUCAACCUUGUACCCAUAGUUCUCUCUCUCCUCCUGCUUUCAUGUGAAGCCCAAGAAACAAUAUACCCCUUUGAAUAUAUAUUUCAGUUGGGAGAUUCAUUGUCUGAUACAGGGAACCUUAUUCGCCAAUGCACCCACGGAGAAACGGUGGCCGCCGCCCACCUGCCAUACGGUGAAAGCUUUCACGGUAGGCCCACUGGUCGCUGGUCUAAUGGCCUUCUCAUCAUAGACUUCAUUGGUAAGCUGGCUUAACUCAUGAACACCUGCUCUACAUAGAGUUAGUUUAUUUACUUCUUUCCUUCCUUCCUUCAUUUAUUUCUUUUUUCCCCCUAUUUUGGUCUUAAAUAGAGAGUAGAAGGAUUGAAUUGAUUUCAUCGUAAGGAUAAUAAUUUUUUGCACAAUAUGUUAAGAAUUUUACACAAAACAAAAGCAAAAUAGGGUUGGUUAAUUCAUGGCAAGAACUCAAUUGAAAAUGUUUCACUACUCAAAAAUAACUCAAUCCAAUAAAAACAAAAAACAAAAAAAAAAAAGUAAAGGGAUCAGGUUACUGUCAGAUAUAACAUGCCUAAUUCAUUACCAAGAAAACAAUAAUUUUUAAAUAAGAUAUUGUAUAUAGGAUCACAUGAUUUUUUAUUUGCUUCUAUUUAUACUAGCAAUGCACCACGUGCGUUGCACGUGAAUAGUUUUCAUAUAUAAAAAUUAAUAAAAUAUAUUAGGUAUAUAUGUAAUU